AUGUCUGCCACUGGGCGAUUUCAGGCUGGCCAAGCAGGUGGACCUAGGAGUGGUUCUGUGGACACUCUUCAUGAUCGUGCUUCAGUCGGGGAUCUAUCUUCCCUCGCUCCUUUAGUGCGGAGUUACGAGAAAGUAAUGCCAGUUCGUUUGCCGAUGGAGUGUCUGGCUCGUCCCUUAGUGUUGUUCGGCCCUCUCAAGGAGCGCAUCACUGAGGCUUUGCUAGCCCGUGAAGACAAGCAAUUCGUAUGCUGCGUCCCACGUAAGUUGCCAGCUUCUGUAUUGUGA